AUGGCGAGAUUUGGGUUAUUUUCGCGAGAUGCGAAUGAAGGCGUGUUCAGUGAUUGUUAUGACGCCGAUAUAAAUCCACAGGUAUUGGAUGGUGUUAACGUUGCUGCACAUCGUUUUGGUCACUCACAAGUAACAAACAAUCAGAACUUAGUGGAUGAUAACUACAACACAGUGGCUAUAAAAGUUGAUGAUGUAUUUGAUAAUCCGCAACUUGUUCAGCUAAAUAAUGGAACCAAUAUACCAUUAAUAGCAAGAAAUUUAGCGUGUUCAGCCAGUAACAGGAUUGAUAAUUUUAUUGUUGAUGGGAUGAGAAACAGAUUAGAACGUAUACCGGAACCACCAGGGUCUGAUAUUGUCGCCAGAAACAUACAGAGAGGAAGAGAACAAGGAGUUUCGGGAUACAACAAAUGGCGGGAAACUUGUGGCCUCGAACCUAUAAAAUCAUUCAAAGUGUUUGGAAAGUAUUGGAAAGCACUCUCAGAAUUGUAUAAGUGA